AUGACGAUGUCACCCACCGUCUUCAUCUGGAUGCUCUCCUCCUUUUUCCGCUGGAUCCUGCGCCAGCUGAUGCCGACUUCACGCUCCAAAAUUGCCCAUGCAUCGACGUCUUCGCUGCUGGUGGCCGCGGCGCCAAAGUCAACCGCUAGCUACUUCGAGACAACCGACGACGACCACCUACUGGGCGCUCUCCAUUCCGACUCCGACACGGACGUGGAGGACAGCUCCACGGACCACAACGACGCGCCGGCGAGCUCCCUCGUACGUUCAAGAAUCGCCUUCUUCGAGGCGCGCCCGGCUUCCGCUACGCCAGAUACCAUCCAUGCCCGCGACAUCUCGCCGGCCCCAACCUCACGCUCCAGCGUACGUUCAAGGAUCACCUUCUUCGAGACGUGCUCGGCAGAGGCUGACAGCUCCAAGGACUACAACGACACGCCGACCCCGACGCCAGACACCAGCUUACGUUCAAGGAUCGAGUUUUUUGAGGCGACAACCACUGGAUCGACGGCCACGACCCGAUUACCGACAGCUUCUGGAUCGGCGAUUACCUCGACAACCACGACGACUUCGACGGGCACCACCAAUUUGACGCUGGCCGAAGCAGAUCCAACGCCCCACAGAGCGGCCGAAGCCAACCCUGCAACGGCCCCAGUCCAAGCGAUGUCAGCAGUCGACCAAGAUCAAGAGACCCCAGUCCACGCGCCAGCCCCACCACGCCACCAAGUGAAAUCGCGCUUCAUGCAAUAUGACCCGGCCUUCCGUAGGCGCUGUGCAGACGCAAGCAGGCGCCGUACUUCACUCGCUCAGCAAGCAAGCCUUGUUACUUGAAAGAUCUAGAUAUCUAAGCAAACUUUCUGUGUACAUUUAGUAUCUCCAUUUCACC